GAAAUAGAAGAAAUCCCUUGCAAAGCUGGACCGCAUGAUGCCCAAUGUCACUUCAGGGUAUAAUAAUACCACAAGUGCCAAGUACAGCAAAACCACCAUUUUGAACCACAAAGACUCUUACUGUGUAGGAGAACACUUGAUGGUCCGACUGGAUAUGUAUGACCACUUAGGAAAGAGGAAGGAGUAUGGAGGAGACUUCUUAAGAGCAAGGAUCUACUCUUUGGAUCUCAAGGCUGGAGCAUCUGGGAGUAUCAAAGACUUCCGGAAUGGGACGUAUUUGGUCAAUUUCACCUUAUUUUGGGAGGGGAACGUCAGAGCCUCCAUCUUGCUCAUCCACCCCAGCGAAGGAGUUUCCGCCUUGUGGGCGGCGAGGAAGAAAGGUUACGGCAAAAUUGGUUUCACAGGUAAAUUUUUGAAUGGAACAUCUGAAGUCACCACUGAAUGUGGGUUUAACCUGACCAGAAAUGCAGAAUUAUGUGAAUAUCUGGAUGAGCGGGACCAAGAAGCCUUCUACUGCCUCAAACCAAAGCAUGUGCCAUGCGAUGCUUUUGUCAGUCUGCAGUCCUACAACAAACCCAUCUCAUAUCUGACAACGUUGGAACAGAGUCUGUUAAAGAGGUUCAAGACUGGCAUUGAGAUCCCUCAAUUGUUUGGGGCUAUUCAGGUUGUACAGUGCAAAGGCAACAAGACCAUGACAAGCAAGGAAUGCUGCAUUGGUGUGAGCUCCCCAGUUCCCAGUGGCUUUGUGUGGCAAAACCAGUGGCACCCCGCAUUCUGCAACAUGCCACGUUUUGACACCUUGGAGCAGAUUAACACGUGCUUGAAGGGCAAGAUGAUUUACUUCAUGGGAGACUCGACUCUGCGGCAAUGGAUGGAAGCCCUUACAAAAAGAGUGACCACUCUUGAAUAUCUAGACAUCUAUCCAAAAGAAAAGCUCCAGAAACUGCUGGCUGUGGAUUUGGCCAGACAUAUUUGGAUACAGUCAAAAAAGCAUGGCCACCCUUACGUCGGCACUCAUGGCUACACAGUGAAAGAUCACAGCUACGUAGCUCGGGAUAUCGACAACGUGGCCGGUGACAGAGACACAACUAUUGUCAUUUGCUUGGGCCAGCACUUCCGACCCUUCCCCAUCCAGCUCUUCAUUCGACGGGUGGUUAAUAUCCGGAGGGCCGUCCAGCGCCUUCUCCUGAGGAGUCCAGACAUGAGAGUCAUCAUCAAGGGAGAGAACAUUCGGGAGAUGGAGGUGGACCAGGAAAGGUUUGGAGAUAUUCAAGGCUACGCUCAGUCUGUUGCACUAAAGGAGGUUUUCCGGGAUCUGAAUGUGGCCUUCAUUGAUGCGUGGGACAUAACAGUCGCGUACAAUACGAAGAAGGUUCACCCGCUCAAUCACGUGGUUUGGGAAGAAGUUAAUAUGUUUUUGUCUUACAUUUGUUGCAACGCUAAAGCCAAUCCAAUGUAAAAACAAACAAAGGACAGUCAGACAAACCUGAGGAUUUAUCAAGAGAUGAAACUUUUAAACCCCGUUUCUGCACGGGAUUUAACCAACUUGCCCCAAAAUUUGCCUGUGUGUGAUAAAGUCCUAUGAAACCUCAUGCUGCCAAUUUCUUUCUUUCGGUGAGUCUCAAAGAUGCUACAGAAUCUCUCUAUGUACUGAGUCUACAGACUAACACAGCUAUAUCUUUGACUUCUAAACAAGAAAUGGUAAGAGGCUAGCUUUUGUUCUGGAAAAUCUGCCCAAGGCAUUCCUGCCGGGUGAGUAUCCCCAUGAAUAUCCCCUGAUGUUGGUGGUGAAUUAUUCCUUGAUCCUGUCUUACUUUACUUACUUACUGUGUAUCCUGGGUUGACUGAGAAACUAAGCAUUUGAGUCAGAAACCGACCUCCAAGCAAAUUUUAUUUUCUGCUUCUAUUCUCAGGGGA